AUGGCCCAAACAUUGGAGGACAAGUCUAUAUGGGAAGAUGGUGAGGAAUCACUAGGCGAAGAGGUUCUGCGUAUGUCCACAGAUGAAAUUGUGAGCAGGACUCGACUGAUGGACAAUGAAAUCAAAAUAAUGAAGAGCGAGGUAAUGCGCAUCACUCACGAGAUUCAGGCUCAAAAUGAAAAGAUCAAAGAUAAUACUGAGAAGAUUAAGGUUAACAAAACGCUACCGUAUCUGGUGUCGAACGUCAUAGAGCUAUUGGAUGUUGAUCCACAAGAAGAAGAGGACGAUGGUUCCGUCACCGUUCUGGACAAUCAGCGAAAGGGCAAAUGCGCAGUCAUUAAAACAUCCACUCGUCAGGCUUACUUCUUGCCUGUCAUUGGCCUUGUCGAUGCGGAGAAACUGAAGCCCGGUGAUUUAGUUGGAGUUAACAAGGAUUCGUAUCUCAUUUUGGAGACACUUCCUGCUGAAUAUGAUGCACGCGUGAAAGCUAUGGAAGUUGAUGAGCGUCCCACAGAACAAUAUUCCGAUAUCGGUGGCCUUGACAAACAGAUUCAGGAGCUAAUCGAAGCCGUGGUACUGCCUAUGACACACAAGGAGAAAUUUAAGAACUUAGGCAUUCAUCCUCCAAAAGGUGUCUUGCUGUAUGGUCCCCCUGGAACUGGAAAAACUCUGCUCGCUCGUGCUUGUGCCGCACAGACUAAGUCGACUUUCCUAAAACUCGCUGGCCCACAACUCGUUCAAAUGUUUAUUGGUGACGGCGCCAAAUUGGUGCGUGAUGCCUUUGCUCUCGCCAAAGAGAAAGCGCCAGCUAUAAUUUUCAUUGACGAAUUGGAUGCCAUUGGCACAAAGCGAUUUGAUUCCGAAAAGGCCGGCGAUCGUGAGGUCCAGCGUACCAUGUUGGAGCUGCUAAAUCAGUUGGAUGGAUUCAGUUCGACUGCAGACAUUAAGGUCAUUGCUGCCACCAAUCGUGUGGACAUUCUCGAUCCUGCCCUGCUGCGCUCUGGCCGUCUCGAUCGCAAAAUUGAGUUCCCACACCCAAAUGAAGAGGCACGUGCGCGUAUUAUGCAAAUCCAUUCGAGAAAAAUGAACGUAAGCAGCGAUGUAAAUUUCGAGGAACUGUCGCGCUCCACAGACGAUUUUAACGGCGCUCAAUGCAAAGCCGUUUGUGUGGAAGCGGGCAUGAUAGCUUUGCGUCGCUCGGCUACAUCAGUCACACACGAAGACUUCAUGGAUGCUAUCAUGGAGGUGCAGGCCAAGAAGAAAGCUAAUCUUAACUACUAUGCCUAAGUUAGAAAUUUGCAGUCUAAAUAUAUAUGUAAUUUGGCCAAGUGCUACAAUUGUUUUUUCACAUUCAAGCUUACACAAUAAACACGAAAACUUAAAUAUAAAAAAUA